AUGAGUCUUAUGAUCUUGAAACAUGUCAUUCUAGAAGCCUUUAAGGACACUUUAUUUGAAGAGACCAUUAUAAUAAGAAUUUUUCUUCAAAAACUUGAGAAAAAGUUUGCUAAGAAUGAUAAAGUUGAAAUAAGUAUGAUCUUAGAAAAACUUCUCUCUAUGAAGUAUGAAGGUAAGGAAAAUAUAAGGGAGUAUAUUCUCAAGAUGUCUUAUUUCACAUUAGAACUAAAGACACUAAAGUUAGAGCUAUUAGAACAUCUAUGUGUGCACUUAGUUUUGAUUUCUCUUCUUACACAAUUCAGUCAAUUUAAGGUGAGUUAUAAUUAUUAA